GCCUCCUCCUCUACUUCUAGAAUAGAAUAAUAUAUAUAAACUUUCCACGUCCCUUCGAGUAUAUAUAUAUAAAAGAUAGAUUGAUCUUCUUUCCUUUGGUUGAAAGCAAAGAAAUGAAUAAUCUGCCAGAGGACUGCAUCGCUAAGAUCCUUUCCUCGACUACGCCUCGAGACGUUUGCCGAUCAUCGGCCGUCUCCAGGUGCUUCAAAUCCGCCGCUGACUCCGACCAUGUCUGGAAUCACUUCUUACCUUGUGAGUUCCCCGAGGGUUUUAGGGCACCUGAGGGUCUUCCCACCAAGAAACACCUCUUCUUCUCCCUAGUCCAUUGCCCUCUUCUUCUCCACGACUCCCUACUGAGCUUUUCGCUGGAGAGAAGUACUGGUAACAAGUGCUACAUGAUGGCUCCUAGGGACUUGAAUAUUACUUGGGGACAUGAUCAAAGAUACUGGCAGUGGAUCUCUCUUCCUGAUUCCAGGUUCAAAGAACUGGCUGCGCUUAAAAUGGUAUGGUGGCUUGAAAUCACUGGAAAGAUCAACAUAACCCUUCUCUCUGACGACACCCUCUACGCCGCUUACCUUGUCUUUAAGUGGAACCUUGAUCCCUACGGUUUUCGCCAGCCCGUAGAGGCAUCCCUUUUUUUGGCUGGCACCGAGCAUGAUCUUGUCCAGCCUUCCAUGGUCAGUCUCAUGCAGAAUCCUGGAAGUGAACAAGGUCAACGCGCCGAGCUGAGAAGCGACGGCUGGUAUGAAGUGGAGUUGGGACAGUUCUUCAAAAGGAGAGGAGAUAUGGGUGAAAUAGAGAUGAGCCUCAAGGAGACAAAGAGGCCUUUUGAGAAGAAAGGUCUUAUUGUCCAUGGCAUUGAGAUUAGGCCAGUACUGCCCUAAUUAUGUGAUACUGCUAAUAAUACCUUUUGCUGUUUGCAAUUGUUGUUCUUCUUUUUCCCUGCUUUGUUAUUAAGAAUACUUUUAAGCUUUUUCCAGAGUAGGACAAUUAACUUAUGUUUGGAUUUGUUUUGGUUUGAAAUAAUAGAUAUACAGGGGAUUAAAACUAAAAUAGUUGGAAUAAUUAUCUUGAGAAGGAAACUAAUUUCAAAGAUGUUAGAAGACACACAGCAAACAAAACACCGUAGUAUAUGUCAACUAAACAAUAAUUUACUUUUGGUCCCAUACAAAAUGCUGUAGUGAAAAUCAUGUUGUUAUAUGAACUGUUAAACUCAGUAGUCAUUUAUCCAGCAUCGUCUGUGAGUCUCACAAAUAUUAUAUCAUAUGCAUGAAGUACUGAUGGUGGUGCUGAUAUAUUGUACACGGAUCUAAUCGGAGAAAGUGGAGCGC